CACUCACUGCUGAAGGAAACCAUGAGUGCCCAGAGUGUGGCCAAAGACUCCCUGGGAAGGGUGGCCUCUACAAUUACACCCACACACUCUGAUGGAAAAACUCAUGAAUGCCAAGAGUGUGGCAAAAAGUUCAGUAGAAAAGAGAAACUCAACAAACACACCCUUACACACACUGGUGAAAGACCUCAUGAAUGCCGUGAGUGUGGCAAAAAGUUCAGCCAGAAGAGUAACCUCAACACACACACCCUUACACACACUGGUGAAAGACCUCAUGAAUGCCAAGAGUGUGGCAAAAAGUUCAAAGCAAAAGGCCACCUCAACACACACACCCUUACACACACUAGCGAAAGACCUCAUGAAUGCCAAGAGUGUUUCAAAAAGUUCAGCAGAAAACAGGACCUCAACAUACACACCCUUACACACACUGGUGAAAGACCUCAUGAAUGCCAAGAGUGUGGCAAAAAGUUUAGCCAUAAGAGUACCCUCAACAAACACACCCUCACACACACUGGUGAAAGACCUCAUGAAUGCCAAGAGUGUGGCAAAAAGUUCAGCCAUAAGAGUAUCCUCAACACACACACCUUUACUCACACUGGUGAAAGACCUCAAGAAUGCCGUGAAUGUGGCAAAAAGUUCAGCCGGAAGAGUAUCCUUAACAGACACACUCUUACGCACACUGGUGAAAGACCUCAUGAAUGCCCCGAGUGUGGCAAAAAGUUCAGCGUGAAGAGUAUCCUCAACAAACACACCCUUACGCACACUGGUGAAAGACCUCAUGAAUGCCAAGAGUGUGGCAAAAAGUUCAACCAGAUAAUUACCCUCAAGCAACACAUCCUUACACACACUGGUGAAAGACCUCAUGAAUGCCCAGAGUGUGACAAAAGGUUCAGUACUAAGUCUAAUUUGAACCAGCACAUCUUCCGACACUCUGGCAUGAGAGAGUUGAAGUGUGAUGUUUGUGGGAAACAUUUCAAGGUGAAGAAUGAUAUUGCCAAACACAUGAAGAUCCACUUCCGCUGAGGUGUUGUGUUGUGCUGCUGUGUGUGGUGGUGGAGGGAAGUGUAGCACAGAGAACAACAAAUAAAUAGUACAAUCUUU